AAGGUUGGCAAGUUCUCUGAAAAGCAGACAUGAGUUUGUCUUCCAGAAGAGUAACAUUGCCUGCAGUUAUGCCAAUAACUCUGCAGAAAAGGGUAAUCAAAGUAUAUAGUGAAGAUGAUACUAGCAGAGCUUUGGAAGUACCAAGUGAUAUAACAGCCAGGGAUGUGUGUCAGCUCUUGAUAUUGAAGAACCACUAUGUUGAUGACCACAGCUGGACUCUCUUUGAACAACUUACCCACACAGGUUUAGGAAGAGCUAUAGAGGACCAUGAAUUAGUGAUGGAAGUCCAGUCAAAUUGGGUAAUGGAAGAGGAAACCAAACUGUAUUUUAGAAAAAAUUAUGCAAAGUAUGAGUUUUUUAAAAAUCCACUGAGCUUUUUUCCAGAUCAUAUGAUAUCUUUUCCAAGUGAGACCAAUGCAGCUCUAAGCCACUCUGGGAUAUUACAGAUGUUCCUUAGCUCCAGCACAUAUCCUGAGAUUCAUGGUUAUUUGCAUGCAAAGGAGCAGGGGAAAAAAUCAUGGAAAAAAUGGUACUUUCUUUUGAGAAGAUCUGGCCUUUAUUUUUCCACUAAAGGUACAUCUAAGGAGCCAAGGCAUCUGCAGUUUUUCUGUGAAUUCAGCAAUAGUGAUAUGUACAUGUCUUUAACAGGCAAAAAGAUUUCUGGAGCACCAACAAGCUAUGGAUUCUGCUUUAAGCCUAACAAAUCAGGAGGAACCAGAGACCUGAAACAGCUCUGUGCAGAUGAUGAACAAAGUAGGACCUGUUGGAUGACAGCAAUUAGGUUACUCAAGUAUGGGAUGCAGCUGUAUCAGAAUUACAUGCAACCAUAUCAAGGUAGAAGUGGCUGCAGCCCUUUGAAUAUUGCACCUAUGAGAAGCAUUUCAGAAAAUUCUUUAGUAGCAAUGGAUUUCUCAGGACACAGAAGCAGAAUUAUAGAAAAUCCAACAGAAGCCCUUUCAGUUGCAGUUGAAGAAGGAUUAGCAUGGCGGAGGCGAGGGUGUCUCCGACUCAACUCACAUGGUAGCCCUAUUGCCAUGGCUAACAUGGCUAUACACAGAUCUCAGUCAUGGUUUCAUCAUAAAAUCUCUAGAGAAGAGGCUCAGAGACUUAUUUUGCAGCAUGGACUUGUAGAUGGGGUAUUCCUGGUACGUGAUAGCCAAAGUAACCCCAAAACAUUUGUAUUGUCACUGAGUCAUGGAUUAAAAAUAAAACAUUUUCAAAUUGUACCAGUCUUCAGGGGAACAAAAAAAAAUCAUUAUUUAGUCCAUCUGCUUUAUAGGUAAGCUGAAAGUUACUAAGCUGAAAUCAUAUUUCUGUUAGUUUUCAUUGAACAUACUGUCCAGUUAUCCUGCCAGAAUUGUUAGCCAUCCCCAUUGCUUCCACUCUCUCACGAGGUGGUUUAUGUGGGUUUCUUUACAUGCUACUUCUCAUGAGAUGAGAAGUACUUGAGCAUUUUGUGUUUUGGCCACAGAUACUUGACAUAACUGAGCAGACCCAGAGCUCUCUUUACAAGAACCUUUAUUCCAAACCACAUAAUACUCUAGCCUCCAUGUAUCUUCCUGCUGAAGUUUCUAGCAGGUUCUGCUCUUUCUCAAUAGAAAUUAGUCAAGUGGCACUAUUUUUUUUGGUCUUUGAUCUGUUGAUUCUCUCUGUUCAUUCACCAAAUUUCUGUAUGCCUUACCUAGGGCUUGUAGCUGAUAUCCUCCACUAAAAAAAGUUCACGUAGAAUAAAACUGAAGCAUUAUUUGAGAGGAGGAAAAGAGUCGAUCAGAUUAGCUAUAAGAAUUGUCCAGGAUCUUGUUGUAUUUAAGUACAGAAUAUGGAGGAUUCCUUCAUCCAAAGGUUAUAGUUAUGCACUGCAUCCCAUGGAAUUAUCAACAUAUAGUCCUUGAUAAGAAUCCCUACCUCUGGUAUUUAUUUGGUAUAAUUGUUGUGUGGUUUAGAAAACCUUCUGAACUCUGUACAGAGUGUAUGAUUCUACUUCAUUGGGAUAUCCUUUAACUUAAUUUAUCCUUUAAUUUAAGAGACCACUUUUGCUUUCCCUAUCAGGAAACAGACCCUCUCUCCUCCAAGUGCAGGACACUGCAGUUAUCAUCAGUUUCCUCUGAGAUGGAUGAUUCUUUUCUUCCCUUCAAAAGACUGUGCUAAAACCAUGCUCUUCUGUUGUGGGAUCUUUGGAAGAACCAAGAAUUCUUAGUUUUGAUAAAAUUUUCUACAGACUUGGGUCACAUUUUCCAUACUGUUCAUUGAGAAGACCUGUACCACUUCAUUGCAAAACUUGACUUGGAGGAAAUGUUUUUGAAUUGUUUUUUAAGUAAAGCAAUUUCUCCUAUGCUAGUAACCUAGUAAUAAUGCUAGUAUGCUAGUAGAAAAAAAAAUUGUGAUGAGAUCAGUUAAAUCCAGAGAGAGUGUCUCAGCAUAGAAGCUGUUUGUGCCCUAAAUAUUGGCAUAUUUCAGUUCUUUUCUGUCAGUUUCUGGUUGCAUUCAGUACCUUCAUUCUGUUCUCAGUACCCUGACUUAAACAUGCUCUGUUUUUGCUAGAACAGUGCUCUUUAAAGAUUUUAGAAAAUUGUUGUUUAAGGGAGGAAGGAUUUUGGUUCCAGUUGCUGCUGAUCUAAAUGAAGUGAUUAUUUUCUAAAAAUAACGCAUUUUGUAUUACUGUAAUAAAUUCAGAGCUUAUUAGUUGAAGAUCAAGGUUAUUUCUUUGAAUUUCAAAUUAUACUGUUCUUCUAACCUCUUACCUGUUUCCAGCCAUUAUAAAGGCAAACUUUCUUACUAAAUGUAAACAAAUGUCAUUUACAAAGUCUUUUUCCAAGGCAAAAACAAUUCAAUCUCUAAAUGAAUUAUUUUUCUCUUGUAUUUUAGGUUGCUUCAGGUUAUGCUGCACUUAAAAAUGUCUCCUUUUAGAUAGGGUAUGCAGCCUGCUAAUUCACACCUCACCCAUGUAAAAAGGUGCCGGUGUGUUGUUAACCUUGGCAACCUGUGCAACAGGUAUUGCAAGUGGGUAGUAGGGAACUGAUUGUAAAAAGUUCAGAAGGAAACAUGGAAUACAUUUGGGAUCCUGUACUGUGAAAAUUGGAGAGCUUGUUAGUUUAAAGGUAUUUUUCAGCCUUCAUACUCUGAGCUGAUGUGAUUCCACUUCAAUGGAUUCUAUCCUGAAAUUUCAUCCAUAUGAAAGAUGAAGAGUUAAUACACAGUUCUGGGACUGUCUUUUUCUUACAAAGGUUUUCUUGUAACAGCCUUCUUAGCUUGCAGAAGAUGCAAGGUUCUUGGGCAACAGACCUUUGAUAUGAGUUUUUACUUGGCAAAAUAUUGAUAGCUUUAGAAUUAGCAAUCUGUCUGGUAUUCAUUUAAAGGUUUUGAAUUAACUCGUUAGGAGAAUAACAGACAUUUAAAUUGUUAACUGUCCUUGCCUGUAGUGUGUUGGCAAGAAAAUUGCAUGUAUAAAGAAAGUCCAAUGAAUGAUAAUCCAU